AUGAUUAGAAAAGAAGGCUAUCCUUCUGAAGCACAUGUAGUGCUAACCGACGAUGGAUAUUUGUUAACAAUUCAUCGAAUUCCUGGAUCUCCGGGAUCGCCUGCGGUAUUUUUGCAACACGGAUUACUCGCCAGCUCCUUCGAUUGGGUACUUGCUGGUAAAGGAAAAAGUCUUGCUUUCAUUUUAUCUGAUGAAGGAUAUGAUGUCUGGUUAGGAAAUGCAAGAGGAAACACUUACUCAAGAAGCCAUAUAAAUUAUACUACCUCGGAUUUACAAUUUUGGAACUUUAGUUGGCACGAAAUGGCUAUUUAUGAUUUACCAGCUGUAAUUACAUUUAUAACGAAAUUAAAAAACGAUGAUCUAAUUUAUGUGGGCCAUUCAAUGGGAACAACAAUGUUUUAUGUUAUGGCCAUAGAUAGACCAGAAAUUGCAUCAAAUGUCAAAGUAAUGUUCAGCUUAGCUCCAAUAGCAUUUAUGACUCAUCUAAAAAGUCCAGUACGAUUACUUGUUCCAUUUAUUCACGAAGUUGAGUUUAUCAGUCGUUUUUUGGGAGAAGGUGAAUUUUUACCACAAAAUAUCCUUUUAAAAUUUCUAGCUAAAUAUGGAUGUGAUAUAAAUGUAUCGGAAGAAAAAAUUUGUGCCAAUACAUUAUUUGUAAUAUGUGGUUUUGAUAAGAAUGAAUUUAAUUACACUUUAUUGCCGAUGAUAUUAAGUCAUACGCCAGCAGGAGCGUCAACUAAAACAAUAAUUCAUUAUGGUCAAGAAAUAAAGUCUGGAAGAUUUCAACGGUAUGAUUAUGGAACUAAUGAUAACAUUAAAAUGUAUAAUCGUACUACACCGCCAGAUUAUGAUUUAUCAAAAAUUCAAGUACCUAUUGGCAUAUUUUGGUCACAAAAUGAUUGGUUAGCUAGUCCAAUAGAUGUGCAUAAAUUAUUUGAUUUACUACCAAAAAAGAUUCUUAACUAUAAAGUAAACUAUUCGAUGUUUAAUCACAUUGAUUUUAUGUGGGCAGUUGAUGCACCAAAACUCGUCUAUGUGGAACUUCUUAGUGUUAUGAAGACAUACCGAUAAUAAUUUAUAUUAUUUUUUUAUACUAAUAUACG